UGUCUCACACUUUCUUCUCUUCUAAUCUCUGAGAGCUCCGGGAUGAAGAAAUGGUUGGUGAUCGCAGCCACGGUGGCGAUAAUCGCAAUAGUCGUGAGACAAGGCACGACUCAAUACGGAUGGAACAAAGAAGCGGCGUUGGAAACGCUCAAGGAAUGGUCAGAUCGGCUCGGGAUUUGGGCGAUUCCGACGUAUGUAGCGGUCCACACCGUGACCUUAGCUCUUUGCCUUCCUCACGCCGUCUUCUUUGAAGCUGGUGCUUCUAUGCUCUUUGGGUUCCUUCCUGCUCUUCUCUGUGUUUUCUCUGCUAAGGUUCUCGCCGCUUCUUUCUCGUUCUGGAUCGGCAGGUUUGUUUUUAAGAGUUCAACCAGAGCAACUGGGUGGGCUAAGGGAAACAAAUACUUCAAUAUUCUGUCGAGAGGAGUCGAGCGCGAUGGUUGGAAGUUUGUUCUUCUAGCAAGGUUCUCGCCAAUCCCUUCCUAUGUCAUAAACUACGCCUUGGCAGCCACAGAAGUCCGGUUUGUAGCUGAUUUUCUGUUCCCAACAGUUAUUGGCUGCCUCCCGAUGAUCUUACAGAACGCAUCAGUCGGUAGCCUUGCUGGUAUGGCUGUAGCUUCUGUAGCCGGGAAACAGAAAAGUAAAGUCUGGGGUUAUGUUUUCCCAGUACUUGGGAUACUGUCAAGUGUUCUAAUUUCAUUGAGGAUCAAAAAGUACUCUGCUGGAAUCACAGAGGCAUCAUCAGAUACUCCUCCCUCUACACAGUCUUCUAACAGCUCUAGCUUAGCUUCAUCUGAAACCUUGAAUCCCACUAAUGGGUGAGUGAUGAUACAAACCAUGAUGGUGGUUUUUGAUCGCCGGCAAUACACUUGUUUGGCUUGCUGCUAUCAUGUUUCUCAACAUCAUGGCUUAUUUUGGACGAGUAGGCAGUAUCUGAAAAGUAACAAAGUGUUAGUUUUUGUAGUUCUUUCUUAAAGUUAAAAGCUUUGAACUAAACAGUGUAACUUUGAUACGUUCUAUACCAGACACAAAGCUGUGUCGUUUUUAAAACCA